AUGACACUUACGAAAGUAGCAAUUACUCGAAUGAACAGAGAAGCGUUGCGUAAAUUAUUUACGGAGAUCAAGCAGUUUUCUCUCACUGAGAAAUAUGAAACUAAACAGGAAAAAUUAACAUUGUUGAAUUAUACUAAAUUACCUCUAUACUUUAUUACAAUAAUUACCUCUUCAAUGACAUUGACCGAAGUAUUGUAUUAUACGAAUGGAGUCUCCAUUGGAAUUCAGACCGCAAAGAAAAACAAUUCCUUGGGUUAUCAGUUGCCGUAUAAAACAAUAGAAAUCGUGGAUUUAAAGGACUACAGGAUUUAUGCUUUGUUUUGUGCUUAUCAACUAAUGUUCAUACCUUCUAUCGUAUUAGGUUACGUAGGAUUCGAUUACAUGUUCGUCAAUUUGUCCAUUCAAGUAAUUGCACAGUUUGCCAUAUUGUCUUGUAAGGUGAAGACGAUCUUAAAUCACUCUAAAAAUUGUCAUGAGGGUAUGAAGGAACUUGUACUACGACAUUAUCGAUUAAUAAGAUUGACGGAAGAAUUGGAAAAUAACUUUAAUUUCCCAAUCAUGCAACAACUGAUGGGUUCCACCAUGCAUAUAUGUAUUUCCGGUUACUACAGUACCAAUUUUGGAAAAGCCAUUUACGAUUACGAAUGGUAUAACUUAUCGGCAACGGAUGCAAAAUUGUUUCUCAUGUGUAUGAUACGAACGCAAAAACCGCAAUGUCUAACGUCUGGCAAAUUUGCUAUUUUGUCCUUGACCAUAUUCACAGACAUUCUCAAAACUUCGAUGGGAUAUUUGUCGGUACUGCGAACAUUUGUGUGA